CUGCAAUACAACAUUCUAAACUAUCAAUUCAGGUCCUCAGAAAUAAUAUAAAAUUAAACUGCUUUCAGAUUCAAAUCUUUGCUGUUAGUGGUUGUAUUAAAAUGCUGCCAAAGCUCAUUUUCUGCACACUGCUGGCUGCUGCUCGAACAGUUGGGUCAGAUGGAGCAGACUACAAUCAACAAGCCUCCGCUGUCCCACCUAAAUUUUUGGAUCUGCCUUCUUUUGACACAAAAGUCGCCGUUGGACAACCUGUAACGAUUGAUCAUAAAUCUUUUAUAGAACAUGUAACUCCAGGAUUUGGUUCCGGAAGAGGAGGAUCUUCUUCUCAACAAUCAACCGGAACUCGCUCUAGUACUUUACUUAAUAAAGCUAUCGCUGAACAAAAUGCUGUUCCUGAUCCUGUAAUACAGCCAACAAGUUAUACCAGUGUUCAAGCAACUCCUCCAAAUUUUUCGAAUAAUCCAGUUGGAAUUUUUCCUCCCAAUUAUGCAAACAGUGGAAUCCUUCCUCCAGGAUUAUUUGGUACUCCAACUGAUAAAUCAUUUGGUUCUACUCCUUCUGUAAUUUCUUUGAAUUCUCACAUUGACCAUACGUCUUCUGGAAGUAUUUUUGCCAAUCCUAAUGGAAUCCCCUCAUUUAACAGUAACAAAGACGAAAUUUUGUCUGUCGGAUUUCUUAAUGCUCCAUUUGACAAAAUAAAUAUUCCUGUGCCGGAGAUUAUUUCUGUUUCUGUAAGUUCCAGUUCUGAUGAUGGAAGCAUCCCAUCCUCUCCUGUAAAAAUACCAACUGUCAAUUAUGCAAAUGCUGGAAUUCUUUCUACUGGCCAGCCUGGAGAAUCUUUUAGUAAAGAUGUAAAUUCCAUUCCUAAAGCAAUGUCUAUAAAUUCUGCCAUUGGCCAAGGAGCUCCUGGAAGUACUUCUAUUGCUGCAGCUGCUGUUCUUCCAGUAAAAAUUUCAUCUUCUGUCGGCCCUGCAGAAAGCAGCUUUCUGUCUUCAGUCGGAGCUCUUGUUGAAAAGCCAAUUGCAGUGCCUAUGCCUGAUUCUAUCUCUUUAAGAAAGAUCGCUGCUGUUCAAAUUGAAGCUCCUCCUGUCCAUCAAACUACAGAGAAAGUGUUCGCAGGGUCUGUUGCAGGUCAAUCAACUAUCUCUAACCCAACAACAAUGACUUCACAGGCUUCCGUUGAUAAAAUUCUCUCCACACCUUCUUCAGAUCUUCUUGGACAUCUCGGUAACGUUUAUAACAGCAACCCCAGCGGAAUUCUUUCUUCUGGCUUUCUUGGUGCACCAAUCGCCUCCAUUUUAGGGCUCAAUGGAAAAGAGCUUUCAUACAACGGAUUAUUUUCUGGUUCAAAUAUUGCUAAUAAUGGAAAUUUAGGAAGUGCACUCACUAGUACUCCUGUCGUUAGAAGCAAAGAUGAUACACUUAAUAAGUUUGAGACUGUCAUUCAGCAUACAACACCAGCAAAGGCCGCUAACCCACCGGUAUUUAAUGGAAUAAAUAAUAAUAAUCUUUUUAAUGGAUUCAUUGGAAAUGGAAUUUUUGCUGAUCCAUUAGGUUUCCCCAAUAGUGUAUUUGGAAAUGCGUACAAUGGAAUAAACGGUUUUGGAGCUGGAAACUUAGCUGGAGAUAACAUUUUUUCGAAAUACCUUUGGAGAUAA